GCUCGAGCGACCCGCCCCCUACCCCCGACGGCACGGGCGUCAUGGCGUUGUCGGUCGCGCCCCUGCCCCUUGCGCCCCCGGCGAGAGGCGGCUCGCGGCGGCGGCGGCGGCGGCGGCCCGACGCGGCUCUCCUGGGCGUCCUGUCCGCGGCGGCGGCUGCGGUCGCUGCGGCGUGUGGGCGCGGCCUCGCGCCUGGCGGCGGCCGGGCGUUCGCAGCCCCGGCGGCGCUGGCGGCCUCCGGAGAGGCACGCGGGCGCUCCACGGCGGCGCCGAGGGGCCGGCGGCGGCCCCAAGGCGCGCGGCGCGCGUGCCCGCGAGGGCGGCGGUGGGCGAGCAGGGCGCCGAGGCUGCGGCCGCCCCCGAGGUCGACCCGGGGGUCGCUGCAGACGAGGAGGACGAGAGGAAAUUCAGGGAGCAGCUGCCGAACAUAAUCCUGAGCAUCGCGUCUGUCGUGACUGUCGGGAGCCUCGGAACCAUCGCGGUCCAGGGCUCGGAGAUCGAGUUCUUCGUGCCAGCCGCAAUGUUCGCCACCUUGGGCGGGGGCGUCGCAUUGGCCGUCUCGGGCCUCAUGGCAGUCUCGGGCGGGGGCAAGAAGAAGAAGGGCGGGCAGUGAUAGUAGUGCCCAGCUGAGGGGCGCGCGGAGGAGAUCUGAGCGAGGCGCUGCGCUGAUAGCUCUUGGGCACUUGGAGGCUUCUGUGGUUUACCGUCUUCGCUUCCGUUCAUCCCCCCAUUUAUGUAUGCGACUUCUUGUCUUGUCCGCCUCGAGCGUCAUGUCAGCAUGUCGGUUGCGUGGUUGAGAUGCCCCAUGUGAGCGUUGAAGAGAACACGUGCCGACUGACGUUCGCGCGCAAUGUCGCUGCGCCUCCCUGCUGCCUCCCAGUUCGUCCCCAGUGCUGCCGAGAUUGCCCGCGCUUCCGCCCCUUGGGGGCUUUCGGCGAUUGGCGAUGUUGCAGGGGGGGGAGGUUGUGGUCAGCUGGACCCGACCCAAUGACGGCAGCUUCGUGCAUUCUCGAUGCGGCAGCGGUGCCGGCGCGGGCGUUGGAGGGUGAAUCCCUCAAUGGGGCUCGGCUCGGUCCUUGGGACCCAUAGGAAGCGACACUUGUUGCAGCGUCAGGGGCCAGGGCCUGCGUGGUUGAGGCAGGAACCUGACUCAUCAGCCUCCCGCGCUCGAGGGUGCGCAGCGGCAGCACUAGAACCGCAACUGUCCAGAUCAUCGGGCGAGGGAAGGUGUACGUGUAGACACCUCCGCAGGACCUCCACGGGCCAGUUUUUGUUCAGGUCUUGGCCUGGAGACGCACCAAGAUCGAGGUUCACAAUCGGCCUGUGGACGGCUUGUGGUGGUGUAUAUUUUCUCGCCCAUUGAAUUGUCUUGGGG